AUGUGCUGGAGACCCCUGUGCCGGUUCCUGUGGCUUUGGUCCUAUCUGUCCUAUGUUCAUUCUGUGCCUAUCCAGAAAGUCCAGGAUGACACCAAAACCCUCAUCAAGACCAUUGUCACCAGGAUUAAUGACAUUUCACACACGCAGUCGGUAUCUGCCAAGCAGAGGGUCACUGGCUUGGACUUUAUUCCUGGGCUUCACCCCAUUCUGAGUUUGUCCAAGAUGGAUCAGACUCUGGCCGUCUAUCAACAGAUCCUCACCAGCCUGCCUUCCCGGAACGUGCUGCAAAUAGCCAAUGACCUGGAGAACCUCCGAGACCUCCUCCAUCUGCUGGCCUUCUCCAAGAGCUGCUCCCUGCCUCAGACCGGUGGCCUGCAGAAGCCAGAGAGUCUGGAUGGCGUCCUGGAAGCCUCGCUCUACUCCACAGAGGUGGUGGCUCUGAGCAGGCUGCAGGGCUCUCUACAGGACAUUCUUCAACAGUUGGACCUUAGCCCCGAAUGCUGAGGUUUCAAAGACCACCAGGCUCCCAGGGAUCAUGUUGAAGGGAGAAACCUUGGCUUCCAGGUGUCUUCAGAAGAAGAGAGCCAAGUGUACACAUCCCUUAUCCAGGACUCUGUCCACUUCUCCCACUCCUGUAGACCACCCUUCCAAAGGCAUGAUUCCACAAUGCUUGAUUAAA